AUGAAGUGGUUUCAACUUUGCAAGGGCAAAGCAAAAAAAGUCGAAGAUGAGCCCGAGCAGAGUUUUUUCGGUUCAAAAUCGAACUUGAAAAGCGCUAAGAAGCAGAAACCGCAAAAGAGACAGACAUAUGUGAAUUUCAAGAGAGACUCUCAACAGCCAGAAAUCGGGCCAGAAAUCAACGAGAGAGUGAAAUGGGCAGCAAACAAUCGGGCACCAACACACUGCACUUCCGACUACAUGAAAAUCGCACAGAAAAUGAUGGAAACGUCAACUGUCGGGGCUGAGAAAUCCUCGAUCUCGAGCAACGAAGACAGCGAGGACGAGUACGAAGAUGGAGGCGAGGUGUUUGACAUGCCACUUCAACACGCACAGGAAGAAAAGAAACGACACAGAAAAACCGUGCUCAAAUCUGUGGGCGUCGACAUCAACAAGAACAUCAUCCAUGAUUUCCAUCGAAUUCAAAUUACUGGACAAAGGGACGAAAACAGCAAGGACUACAAAACUGCUUCUGGAUUGAUUUUGGAUGCUCUGCGGCUUCGGGAAAAAUAUGCGGCUAUGGCUGGUCAAUCUUAUCAUCCAACAACCUCCAGAUGGCUCCGACGAGUCGAAGGAGGAAAACCAGAGCAGCACUAUGAACGAAUCAUCGCCGAGCGAAAUUUCUCAGUCGACGGGAGUUACGAGCAGCCCUACAUUGGCGAUUGGAAGCAAGGGAUCAAGCCCAAUCUCAACUGGAGCUUCAAAAUGCGCAAUGGAACGCUGGAGAUUUACUCUUCCGAAGAAGACAUGGAGGUGGGUGCGGCUAGCGACGAUUUCAUUUAUCCAGAUGUUCACGAAUUCGUCGAAGAUCAAGCUCUUGUUAUGGCGAUGAUGGCGAACGGCCCGUGCAAGACAUUUUGCUACGAACGGCUUACUUACUUGGAAGGCAAAUUCAAACUGCACGAAUUGAUGAAUGGCGCUUCCGAAAAACUGCUCAAAAGGAAUGCCCCCAUCGCGAUUUUUACAACUCAUCUGCUCAAGUUUAUCAAGAAAACGCUAGAAGAAGACGCCAACAGAAAAGUCUGCAUCGACAAGGCCUCUGGAGAUGAGCUCACUUUGUCUCAAGUGUUUUCUCAAUUGAACGUAAACGCGUACGAUUUGACCGUCGACUCUCUCGAUUGCCAUGCCGAUCGCAACAUCUACCACCGCUUCGACAACUUCAACGCAAAAUACAACCCAAUGGGCGUCGGUCUCCUCCGAGAAAUCUACAUCAAGACGAACAAUUUCAUCCAGGGAGAAUACUUUGCCGAAAUUAUCAAAGAAAUGAUGCGCGAUUUGGAGGCGCAAAAGUACGUUUUCGCCGAACUACGAUUGUCGGUUUAUGGCGUUUCUUACAACGAGUUCUCCGACUUGGCAAAAUGGGCUGUCAAUCAUAACGUCUAUUCCCCGCAUGUUCGCUGGCUAAUCCAGGUUCCUCGAAUUUACGACAUCAUUUCCAAAUCCGGCAAAAUCGCCAACUUCGGCGAAUAUUUGAACAACGUUUUCACCCCCGUUUUGGAAGCUUCAAUCAACCCACAGAAUCACCCCGAGCUGGCCAAGUUCUUGGAACAUGUUUCCGGAUUCGACUCUGUCGACGAUGAGUCAAAGCCCGAGUCGCAUUUCUUCUCCAAUGAUACUCCGAAUCCCGAGAACUGGACGCAGCGAGAAAAUCCGCCAUAUUCUUAUUACCAGUGGUACAUGUUCGCCAACAUUUCUGUCAUCAACCAGGUCCGAAAAAGUAGGGGGAUGAACACUUUCAACUUGCGCCCGCAUUGUGGAGAAGCAGGAGCAUUCCAUCAUCUUUGCACGGCAUUCCUUCUCGCUGAAAACAUUGCUCACGGUCUCAAUUUGAAAAAGGUCCCUGUCAUGGAGUACCUCUACUAUCUUGCUCAAGUUGGAAUUUGCAUGUCGCCCUUGUCAAACAACCAUCUCUUCUUGGACUACCAAAAGUCACCACUUGAGAGCUACUUGAGAAGAGGGCUGAAUAUUUCGCUUUCGACAGAUGAUCCGCUGCAAUUUCACUUUACAAAAGAGCCCUUGAUGGAAGAAUAUUCCAUCGCAGCACAAGUCUGGAAACUGGCGGGAGUAGACAUGUGCGAGAUCGCCCGCAACUCUUGCUACCACUCCGGCUUCGAUCAAAAAACAAAAGCCUACUGGCUUGGAGAGAAUUUCAACUCGGAAGGGAUCAACGGCAACGAUCCGAGAAAAACAAAUGUGCCGGAUAUUCGACUGCAGUAUCGAUACGAGACGCUAGUUGCUGAGCUGGAACACGCGCUGAGUCCGAUGAUGCCAAAGAAGUAG